AUGCAAAGACGCAUAAUUAGGACACUUGAAUACUUGAGCAGCAUCCGUAUAUCAUCGACGUCCGUUGUUACGCCGUCGAUGCAGCUGGCAAUUUCUCCAUUCGAUUCGCUGUUACGCUAUCUGAGUCCAUGCGGAUACUUCCAGAAUGUCACAAUUUACUAUAUAGAAUACCUGAUGUUUAUGCCGAAAUACUAUAUAAGAUCGGCUCUUUAUAUGUAUUGGUAUACUGCAGAUCUUGUACGUUAUACGAACUGGUUUAACCAGCCAGCUGGUUCCAUUCUGCGUGCUAAUUGCAGUCUGUACUGCAUUUAA